AUGCGUGCUGAUUGCGCAUUACUUGCCUCUCAUAGUGGAUCCAAUCUUAUCAUGACCGCCAACGGCCUAACACCCCCAAGCAAGAGCCUCCCGAUCCAGACAAAGCUCUUCAUCAACAAUGAGUUCGUCUCGGCCAAGUCUGGUAAAACGCUGACGUCCAUCAAUCCAGUAGAUGGGGAGCCUAUCGAGAAGGUCGAAAUUGCCGGUGCGGAGGAUAUUGACAUCGCGGUGAAGGCAGCGAGGAAAGCGUUCGAGACUUGGAAAGACUCUGAUGGGUCUUUCCGCAGAGACUGCCUUUAUAGGCUUGCUGACCUGAUCGAACUCCAUGAGGACCGUCUCGCUGAACUUGAGAGUCUGGACAACGGGAAACCAAUUACGGUGGCCAAGGCAGCUGAUAUUAACCUGUGUAAGAAGAUAUACAAGUAUUAUGCCGGCUGGGCUGACAAAGUGCUCGGGAAUGUCGUACCGGUCGACGGCCACAACAUCUGUCUCACCGUUAAGGAACCCAUUGGGGUAGUUGGGCAGAUCAUUCCCUGGAACUUCCCCUUGCUCAUGCAAGCAUGGAAGCUGGCUCCGGCCCUUGCAGCUGGAUGUACGGUCGUGAUGAAGUUAUCUGAGAAGACACCUCUUACCGGGCUCCUCUUCGGACAGCUUAUCAAGGAGGCUGGAUUCCCUCCUGGAGUAGUUAACAUUGUCAAUGGCGGCCCUGAUGUUGGCGAGAUCCUGGCACGCCAUAUGGAUGUUGACAAGGUGGCAUUCACCGGCAGCAGUGUGACAGGCCCUAAGAUCGUCAAGGCUAGUGCCGAGUCAAAUCUCAAGAAGGUUACCCUCGAACUGGGCGGGAAGUCCCCUCUAAUCGUGUGCAAUGAUGCUGAUCUCGACCAGGCUCUAGCGGCAUCUGAUAUCGGUCUGUUCCUCAAUCACGGUCAAUGCUGCUGUGCCGCUAGCCGUAUCUACGUACAGCGUGGUGUCUAUGAUGAGUUCGUGAAGAAGGCUGUUGAGCGCGCUAAGAAUAAGAAAGUUGGGGAUCCUCGUGACCUUACCUGCGAUCAGGGGCCUCAGGUUGACAAGAUUCAGUUUGAGAGAGUAAUGUCGUAUAUCAAGUCCGGCAUCGACGAGGGUGCCGAUCUCCUUUGCGGUGGGAAGCGUUUGGGAGACAAGGGGUACUUUGUCCAGCCGACGGUGUUCGGAAACGUGAAAGACCAUAUGAGGAUCUCCAGAGAAGAGAUAUUCGGACCAGUUAUGCAGAUUGCUCCUUUUGACACUAUGGAAGAGGCCGUUAGAAGGGCCAACGAUACUUCCUUCGGUUUGGCUGCGGGCAUAUGUACUCGCAACAUCGGCAAGGCUACCAAAGUAGCAAGGGAGCUCAAGGCGGGUACAGUGUGGAUCAACUGCUACGAUAACUUCGAUGCCGCUGCUCCUUUUGGUGGCUAUAAGUUGUCUGGAUGGGGCCGCGAGAAGGGAGCGGAGGCACUUGAGAACUACCUCGAAACUAAGACCAUCAUGUGGCCUGUUGACGAAAAGAUUAUUUGA